GUGUGUAGCAGUUGUUUUGUUUGUGACGGACUUGAAACGUCAAAAGAGUUGAAAAUCAUCUGAUAUAGACAUACAAAUAUUGGUGGUUUUACCAUUUAAUAACAAUUAUUGCGGUUUUAGAAAUUUUAGAAAACUAUUGAACACAAAGCAUUUCAGCUUUGUUGUAUAAUAUUGAAAAUGAAGAACAAAUUGUUAUUUGUGUAUUUUCUUAAAUGUUUUGCAAAUUUUGUUGAUGCUGCUGCUUCCGACAUCCAAUUAGACGCAAAAGCACAAUCUACUCAUCGGAUAGACAGUUUAAAUUUGCUAUCCUACACUCUUUUGUUGAUAUUGACUGUGCUGACAAUUUGGCUGUUCAAACAUCGCAGGGUUAGUUUCCUGCAUGAAACAGGUCUGGCUGUUAUAUAUGGUUUAAUUGUGGGUGCAAUCAUUCGCUAUUGUGGCAGUUCAUCUCAGUUGCUCAAUUUGGAUGUAUAUACAAAUCAAACUCAAUAUAACUCCAGUCUACCACCUGAUACGCUGUCCCUACAUCUUCCAAAACCAAAUUCUAAAACCAAUACAACAUAUCAAUAUGUAUUUCGCAAUGAAAUUGAUAAUGUUCAAGAAAAUCUUAUUGAUCUAAAAGCAACGUUCGAUCCAGAAAUAUUUUUUAAUAUUAUUCUACCUCCUAUUAUAUUUCAUGCUGGAUAUUCUCUAAAAAGGAAAUACUUUUUUCGUAACCUUGGUGCCAUACUAACUUUUGCAAUAAUCGGCACCACAGUCUCCUCUUUCAUUGUCGGUGGACUGAUGUAUGGUUGUGUUCAACUUAUGCCUGCAAGACUGGCGGCAAGCUUUACAUUUUUAGACACACUGUAUUUUGGAGCUCUAAUAUCCUCUACUGACCCACUGACAAUCCUAGCAAUCUUUAACGACCUGAAUGUAGAUGUUAAUCUGUACGCUUUAGUAUUUGGUGAAAGCGUUUUAAACGAUGCUGUUGCUAUUGUGCUUAGCGGAUCUAUUCAGCAUUAUGGCAAGAGAUACCAACUUGGAACAGGAGGAUUUGAAAUUAAAGCAUUUUUUCAAGCUGUGGGAGAUUUUUGUGGAAUAUUUAUGCUUUCUUUAUUAAUUGGAGCAUCAAUGGGUUGUAUUACAGCAUUAAUGACUAAGUAUACGAGAGUGAGAGACUUUCCGCUGCUGGAGUCCGCAUUGUUUGUGUUGAUGUCCUACAGCACAUUUUUGAUUGCCGAGGCCUCCGAUCUGACAGGCGUAGUGGCUGUACUGUUUUGUGGAAUUUGCCAAGCCCAUUAUACAUACAACAAUCUCUCGGACGACUCGAGACUUAGGACGAAGCAGAUAUUUGAAUUGCUCAAUUUUUUGGCGGAGAAUUUUAUAUUUUCCUACAUAGGAGUGUCCAUGUUUACAUUCCCAAAACAUCACUUUGACCCGCUUUUUAUAUUAACGGGUUUUAUUUGCGCUGCUCUAGGCAGAGCGGCUAACGUCUAUCCUCUCUCAUUCCUAUUAAACUUGGGAAGGCAUCCGAAAAUUCCCUCAAAUUUUCAGCACAUGCUUUUUUUUGCGGGUUUAAGGGGUGCCAUGUCGUUUGCUUUAGCUAUUAGAAAUACCAGAUCUGAGGCAAGACAAGCGAUGCUAACAACAACUUCUUUAAUUGUAAUAGUAACAGUGAUAAUACAAGGAGGCGCUACGAUGAAUCUGCUGCGAUGGUUGCAAAUUCCGUUAGGGAUAGAUGAAGAAACAGAAGCUUUGUCCGUGAAUGACCAUCAUAGUGUAUACAAUUCUAUGGAGAGGGGCUCUGGGGGUAUCACCCCAAGGGGAGAAUGGACGGAUUUAAACAGAUCCGGCCAGCCAAAAUCUAACGGCAACGACAAAGCUGUUUUAGCAAGAGUUUGGGGAUCUUUUGAUACGAAAUACAUGAAACCCUUGCUCACCCAUUCCCGACCUACUCUCUUGGAAACUUUGCCAGUAUGCUGUAACCCUUUGGCGAGGCUCCUAACAACUACGGAGCAGAUGACUCAGGAAAAUCAAAACAGAGUGAAUUGCGAUUCUGACUCUGAGAUUUGCAUAGAAGAGAGUGAUUUUUCUAGCUCAAUGAGACUUAAUACCAAACCAAUUAAUGCCAUCAGCGGACAUCAAGUUUAGGGAAACCGAAUGGCCGGCGGAAUACUUAUUUUUAUCUAGUCACUGCAAAUAUAUUCCAGCAUCUUAAUUUUUAUCUCAUUGGAAUGUUUAAAUAUCGUUUAAAAUGUUUGUUGUUUAUGAUGUUUUGUUGUUAAGGUAAAUUAGGGUGAAAAAAAUAUUGAUCUUGGUCAGCAGUAUUAUAAAUCGGUAAUAAACUUAAUAAGAAGACUUCGCUAUAAUGUACUUGUUUUUAAAGUGAUGCGUCAUGUUUACAAUAAUUUUAAAUAUGUUUAUACUCUUCAACGUUUUUAAACGAGUACUUACUGCUUUCUGGCUGUUUUAUUAAGUAAAGUAAUGUAAAAAUGGUUAACAAUUAAUGGAUAAGUAAUUUUUCAAUUUGAACCAAAAAUGUGGAAUCAGGGCAUCUCGGUAUCUGUGAUAAAUUAGUUCGGAUUUAUUUCAAUUUUAUCCAUUCAGUCUUAAUAAGAUUCUCUUACAUCCUAAUAAAAAAUAUAUUUUGUUGAUUACGCGACUUAACUGUAUUACUGUUUGGGAUUACCGUUCCUUAUUUUUCCUUAAAAUUGUAU